AUGUCACCGAGUCUCCAACUGCCAUUGUUAGACGGUGACGAGCCCCGUGGCGAGUACGAGCCACUACACCUCAAAGGCCGUCCCGGCAGACCCCGCGAGAGGAGCUUUCUGUGGCUCAAGGCCAUUACGACCGCCGUCGUCGUUCUCAUCACCAUCUUGGUCCUCUUCUUCCCAGACGACGCCCGACAUUACCUUCACCUCCCGCCUCCCUCCUCAGGCCAUCACACGCCAACGCGCGACCGCAUCCAGGACAUUGUAACGUCCAUCAUCGGCAGCGCGCCCCCGCCACCGCACAACACGACGGCGGACGCCAUCCCCAACACGGCCCAUUUCGUCUACAUCCUCCCAGACCCCGACGCCGACUUCCACUUUGAGUUCAGCCACUACCUCGCCAUCUACGCCGCCGCGCACCACUGGCGCCCCGACACGCUCUACUUCCACACCAACGCGCGGCCGGCGUCCCUCGCCCGCGCCCGCGCCGGCACCUCCGGCCGCUGGAACGCCCUGAUCCUGAACCUGCCGCGCCUGACCGUCCGCGCCGUCGCGGUCCCGACGCACGCCGGCAACGGCGUCGCGCUGACGGGCAUGGAGCACAAGUCGGACUUUGUGCGUGUCAGGGCCGUGCACGAGCUCGGCGGCGUCUACGUCGACUGGGGACGUCCACGCGCUGCGCGACCUGGCGGCGCUGCGCGGGGCCGGCUUCCGGGCGUCGCCGGCCGGCAGAAGGAGGGGGACCUCAACAGCGGCACGUUCCUCGCCGCUAGGGGGAGCAGGCUGACGGAGCUGUGGAUCGAGGGCAUGAACGCCGCGUAUGACGGCCGGUGGGAGACGCACAGCAACGGCGUGCUGACGGCUGUUGCGGAGCGGCUGGUGCGGGAGGGGGGCGAGGUGCUCAUUGUCGAGAGGGACGCGUUUGCGCCGGGCGGGUGGGGGACGGGGGAUGUCGCGGAGCUGUUUGCGCCGCAUUUUGGCGAAAAGUCGAAUCUCGAGGGGAAGAGGCAGGGCGACGAGCUGGACGAGUUUGACGAGGGGCCCGGCGUUGUUGGGAAUAACCCGCCAUGGGCGCGCGACUGGUCUUUUACGUAUCUGCUGCAUGCGUUCCGCCCGGGCAGGGCGAGCAAGAACCCGUGGGGGUUUGAGGCUAUUACGCCGAGAUAUGUGUUCGAGAGGCAGAGCAACUUUGCGAGGGCUGUGUAUCCCGUGGCGAAGGACAUGUAUGAUCGGAAGAUUAUCCAGUUGGAUGACUCUCAUGAAGGGUGA